CACCCAAAUACAUAAAAACAGUGAAUAACAAGCACAAAGGAACUCAUCGAUAAUAACACAAUAGUAGUAGGGGACCUUAAGGCCUGAGUUACAUCAAUGGACAGGUGGUCUAAACAGAAAAUCAACAAGGAGCCAAUGGCUUUGAAUGACCCACUGGGCCAGAUGGGUUUAGCAGAUAUGUUUCAGAAUAUUCCAUCCGAAAGCAGCAGAAUACACAUUGUUUUCAAGCACCCAGGGAACAUUUUCCAGAAUACAGGUGGACACGUUGACUCUGGGUCUCCAGAGCAUCCUGGUUUCUAGCACAUCCCGAUCCAAUGCCACUUGCUGCUUAUCUGAAAUAAGUUAAUGACGUGGAAUAAAAAGUAUUCCAAUAAAAACAUAACUCUUCUAAGAUCUGUUACUGUCUUGAGGUUGAAAACCAGCAGACAAAAUGCACAACGAAAUGGAAUGUUUGAAAGAUUUUCUGACCGAGUUCCCAAGGAGUUUAGAGGGCACUGGAUUUCCCUCUCUGACUGUCCGAUGUGAUGUCACGUUCAAGGGUAUGCAAUCUCAGGUGACACGGCCUGGCAUAGAGCCCCGCUUUCCUGCCUUGCAUUUGGUCCAAUCAGGUAUGGAGGUUGCCCGUGACGUCAGGAAGCGCAGCCACUAUAAAUGGGCCAGCGCCCCCGCCCCCUCCUUCCCCCGCAGCCGCCAUUGUCCUUCCUUCUGGAGCGUGCGAAAGGCGAGCCCCACAUGGCGGAGCCUGGCUGUGAGACCUCUCAGGAGGAAAGCCUGGGCACAGUGGAGGAGCCCACAGAAGCUGACCUGAAGGGCCCAAAGCAGAAUUCGCCAAGGGGCCAAUGCCGCCGCCGCCGCCGCCGCCGCCGCUGCCACCACCGCCGCCGCUGCUGCUCCCACAACAGUUUCGCCACCUACUUCCCCAGGGUUCUGAAGCAGGUUCACGAGGGCCUGAGCCUCUCAAAGAAGGCCGUGAGCGUCUUGGAUUCGUUCGUCAAGGACAUCUUCGAGCGCAUCGCCGACGAGGCCUCUUGCCUGGCCCGCUCCACCCAGCGCACCACCAUCACCUCCAGGGAGAUCCAGACAGCUGUGCGCCUGCUGCUGCCUGGGGAGCUUGGCAAGCAUGCCGUGUCCGAGGCCACCAAAGCCAACCUCAGGUACACCUUCUGCCAGUGAGCUGCCUCGGGACCACCUGACCACCUCGUAAACCAAAGGCUCUUUUCAGAGCCACCUUACUUGGCGGGACAGACCUGUAGCUUUAAAAAGUGGGACUAACUCUAUAGUUUUUGCUCUUGCUGCGGCAUUCUGUGGAUAUUUACAGCAUUUUUACUUUGAACAAAACAGGAUCAGCACUACUUUUAAUCUGUAUUGGAGUGCACUUUAUUCCUUGGACAGCUGUGGGCUCUCCUUAACCAUGCGGCAUUUCUUGGGUUUCCCAAACACUCAUUUCUGUUAGUUAUUUC